GGAACCAACAGAAGACCUAAAUGACUGUGUAGGUAGUAGGUACCUGUACCUACCUACAGUGUUUUUAGACUUUAUUAGUGUUUACGUGUGUAGAUUUAAGAGUUCACAACAAAUUUAAAAAUACUUAGACUACACAAGUACAUGAUUAUAUUACCCGUACUGGUCGCAUUAACUUCAUCAUUACUGACAAGUGAUUUUGAGAAUAGAAAAGAAAAACUUGUAAUAUCAAUAUUUUGCUGGGACAAUGGUUAAUCAGUGAACUGAUAUUACUUUAGGACUCUAGAACAAUGGAUUGGUCAAAAAUAGCACCAGGUGCCUUGUCAAUCAUCAUAGUCCUUUGUAUAAUAUUCUGCUGCUGUCGACGGCGCCGGAGAGAGGCACGCGUGUUGAUACCGCCCACAAACGUCGUCGUCAAUGCGCCUUACCCGACUCAGGGUGUGCCAUACCCGGCAACUCAGGGUGCGCCAUACCCGACAACUCAGGGUGCUCCAUACCCGACAACUCAGGGUGCGCCAUACCCGACAACUCAGGGUCUACCAUACCCAGUUGCUCAGAGUGUGCCAUACCCGGUUGCUCAGAGUGCGCCAUAUCCGGUUGCUCAGAAUGCGCCAUACCCAACAACGCAGGGUGCACCAUACCCGACAACGCACGGUGCGCCUUACCCAGUCCAUCAUGGUGUAGGAGGAUACUCGAUGGCUCCACCCCCUGCAGACCUGAAUGUGGCGAACCCAGCACCCUCGGCACCGAACCUCGCAGCCGCGCCCCCCACUUACGAGCAGGCGGUCACACAACACAAGCAGCCGGCGUUCAACCCCAACUACUGACUCCGACCGACGACCCACGCGCCGCCACUCCGAUAAACAUGUUUCUGUUCAAUGUACAAGUAAAUAAUAAGGACAAAUGUGGAACUGUGAUGCAGUAAGUACAGCCGCGCCGUGUGUAGCCUGGGGCUCAAUAAACUAACUGCUAUACAUACGGGCGGCGCGAGUGGGUGCGGCAUUCCUGUCUACAUCUGCCGCGCACCAGCAACGUGUCCCGAAUCGAAGCGUGGGGGCAGCCGGCGUACCAUAGUCUGAGCAUACCACAGACACUUGGACCCGUCGUGUGGACUGUGCAACACAGACAAGGUGUCAUAAGGACUGUAGCUUUAACUUCCCCAACUCUGCGAGUGCACGAGUAGGUAUUUCGUAACGAUUUCAUCAUUUGUGUGAGUGUGACGGAGAAAUAAAAUUAUAAAUGUAAUUAGAUCAUAAACAGAUCGUCGUCAGCUCGUUAUCGGCACGUCUGCGCGCCGCUGCACGUGAUUAAGAUUCGAGUAAAGAUAACUUGUGUGCCCCCGCGCCGCCGGGAUGCCGCCUCCUCGACUUGCAAUUUAAAUUCACGAUUUUGUACUGCCUACUUAAGUAAACUGUACAAACCACAAGUACAUUCCGCGCGGUGGCGCCGUGCAGCUCGGUGGUGCUGUGGUCCACGGUCCCGACGCGCCUCGGGACUGCGCUGAGCGACACACGCUCCUUACUAAAUAACAAUUUAUUAAAUUAACUUAAGGAUAACAUUUUCGGAAAAUUGUCAGAAAAUACUCAAACGUUAAUGUAGGUACACUAUGUAGCUUUAUUGUAUAUAUUAAUUAUAUUAUUUGUAUAAACGUGUUUAUGAGACAAUAUUUGUUAGCAAUAAAUAUUGUUUAUAACAUUUUAGAAAUAUAAUAAAGUACAUUUAAUCAUCUACAUAAUAAGUUACUGUUAACGAGUUGUAGAUGAACAUAUUUUCCUCGCAUUGUGAUAAUAGGGAAGAUUGUAGGAAUUAUGUACUUGUGCUGAGACAUUAUAGUUUUUAUACUUAUUUUUGUAUUCAACAGUGAUUAUGAAAUAAAUUUGUAAUAACUA